AUGACUUGCCCAAGAAAGCCAACAAUCCCCUCCCAGCGCCAUGCCUCAUCUAAAACACCCAUAUGAGCACAAUGCAUGCGUGCAGACCCUUGCUUCAUCUUUUCCGGCCACACCCUGCCGCCCACGGUCCAGAUCCGUGUCGGGAGGGCCCCGCCAGACACCUCAAUGGCCUAGUCACGACCAGCGGCGCACGGGCUCUGCAGCAGAAAUCACCGCCGACACGCUCAUGGCCGAUUCAAGGAUCGUAGAUUCAGUGGGUGUAGCUCUUGCCAGCGUGACAUACUCGAGGGUGUUUAGUCUUGUUGGAGCAGAAGUUGGCCUUGAUCCGCCACUAUGGCUGUGCGACCCGUGCAAGGCACUCGUGCAGAGUCCGCCUCCGCCUAUUCACCAGAAUGAUGUAUUAAGUGCGGUAGGUGCUACGCCACCAGAGAGCUACUGGCGUCUUCAUCAUGCAAACCUCUUUCAGCUUGUCGACUGUUGCUUUGGCUGGGAACCAUCCAUACCUCGACGCUACUGCCAACUAUGCCAGGUCAUCUGGCGAGGUAUACGCCGCCAGCUCGCAGGCCGAAGGGCUGAAACUACAGAAGGGAGAUCUCGCUGCAAUCCGUCGCGCGACCCAUUGCAUGACUGGCUCGGAUCGCCUUCGUACCUCAAUUGCCAUGUUGGACUCAGGACAGCACGAGUCUUUACCCGCAACGGAUGCGACCUGAACUUCAACAUACCGCUUCCACCUCCGUCUCGAUACGGGGAAAGGUGGUUCUCAUUGCUCGUGAGGCCGACCCAUCGGCCACGUAGCGAAAGCUUGUUGUCUAGCUAUACGGGCUCGGCGCAAGUAUUCAAGCAGAUUCGAGACUGGAUAGAUACGUGCCACGAGAACCAUCAUCUGUGCCAAGACGAGAGCCAUCCUUUCGAGGAUCAGCCUACGCGGCUGAUUCAAGUUGAUAGAGCGACAAAUCAAGUGCGACUCAUCGACACUAUGUUGUGCGCUGGGCUUUCGAUAAGUGGUGUGGUCACGGGCACCACCGUGGAGAAACCCGACAUGGCAGAAGACAGCGCCGAAGUCAAAGCAUAUGGGCGAGCCUCGCAGGCGUUGCCCUACGUAGCCCUGAGUUAUCGAUGGGGCAUUGUCUCCUCUUCUUCACGAUUGCUUCUGACCGCAAACACUGAGCGAUCCCUUAGAGCUGGAGUCAGUAUGGCUGACCUACCUCGCACAAUACAGGAUGCCUGCGCCGCCGUCCUCGGCCUUGGCUAUCAAUACUUGUGGGUCGACCGUUUGUGUAUAUUUCAGGACUCAAGCGAAGACUGGAACCGCGAAGCCACGCGGAUGGCACAGGUCUACAAGCAUGCAGUGCUUGUCCUCGCGGCUAGCUGCGCCGUGGACGAGGACGCUCCACUCUUUCGAAAUCGAGGGCCAGCUGGGGGUGGUGUCCAGCCUUUAUGGCUGUGCUCGAUACCCCUCGCGCUGGAUAUAUGGCCCACUAAGAAAGGGCACUCUGCCGAAAUGAUGGGCGAGUUUAGACCUCAGAAACAACGAAGAGAACAGGAUGGAUACAGCAUCGACAGCCACCAUGCAAAUGAAGACGACCCCCUGAACGGCAAGCUUGGUCAUCUUGCCUCUCGCGGGUGGGCUUACCAGGAGCGUGUCCUUGCGAAACGCAUAGCACACUUCAGCAGCGAGGAGAUACACUGGGAGUGCCACACGCUCGAGCAGAGCGAGUCAAAUUCGAACAGGCAGACAUACGGGCUCGAACGCCCAACGGUGGACAUGCUGGAUCCCAACGUCCAUUGGGACAUGCACUACAACUGGUGCAGUCUUGUCACACCGUACAGCAGCCGCAAGCUGACCUUCCCCAAAGAUCGGCUGCCAGCCUUGUCGGGACUGGCAAAGGAGACCAAAGACGCCGUGCGACAGGACGUCCCAGCAGAGGCAUACUACGCUGGACUUUGGAGGUCGACAUUUAUAGCCGACCUCUGUUGGGGAACCUCCUUCAACGAACCAAGAGGGCCCCUCGACGUGUACACUGCCCCGUCGUGGUCCUGGGCAAGCCACGGAGGGCGAGUCGGAUGGUCCAUAGUCGCCACCGCCCGAGCUGAUGUCUACCCACUGGUAUCAUUGCAGGACGUCAAUUUGCAGCACCCUGGAGGUGAUGUUUACGGUGUGGUUGAUGACGGCUGGGUGAUCCUACGAGGCCAUUGCCUGCCAGUGUCAAUUGGCCUGGCUGGGCCAGGUUCCCCGUCCCUGGGGUCUCCAGCAAGGAUAUCAGCCCAGGGUCGUCAUGGGGGCAUCUCGGCCUUCGCGAUGGCUGUCAACGGUGCGGUAGAGCUAGAGGCUCUGAGUAAAAGAGCACAAGCAGGGUCACUGGAUGUUCAGUGUUUGCCAGUCUGCAAGGGCGACGACAAGCGCCAAGAGUUUGAAUGUUGGUGCCUGCUCCUGGCACCGCGGGGGGCCCUCAAGUACAAUCGCGUAGAGGAUAGGACUCUGAAGUCCCCAUCUGUGGCAUCUACGGUCGAAUAUGAGCGAGUAGGGUGGAUAGGGUUCCAGGUCACUGAUAAAAAAGGGUGGGAUAAUUGGCUGGCCGGACAUCCAAGAGAGGAUGUCGUCAUUUGGUGAAGCAUGAUUCUUCAUUCCGUUAGAAUCCGGGGCCCUGGACACGACAAGGGGUGCGGUAUGAAUACAUUGAGGCCCCCUCGAGAACCGAGCCAGUCUUGCGAGAUGACGCCAAGGUAUUUUGACUCAGGAGUACUCUCAAUAUAUAUUCUCUUGGGUACCAACUGCGAGGUCAAGAGGCUGGAGAUUAUCCCCUCCCAUCGAGUGCCACUCACAAACACCGCAUUCCCUGUUCAUCAGCUCCCAAUCCUCAAACUCUCCGGCGGCCCCAGUGCAGAAGUCUUGUAGCCUCCCAGAUCCAGCACGAUCUUCUGCAGCACGACGCCCGGUUCGAGCAGCCACACGCGCAGCUCGUGUUCCCCAACCGCCACGCCGCCGCCACCACCACCACCACCACCA